UUCAAUAUUAUUUCCGGGACAAUCAAACUGUCCGUACCAAGGUGACUCAUCUUGACACUGCUGUGACUCUCUGAAUUGAACUGCACCGCCGAGAACUCCGGUGUAACUGGCAUAUUGUUGACAUUUCUGCAGUCGGUGCAAUGAGUGCACAACAAAUACACUGAACGGCUAACGUAAACAUUUCUGGGGUGACUAAUGGAUGCUCAAAUUUCACCAAAGCGCUCGACAAUAGGGUCUAUUUAGGCUAAGGAGUGUACGUGAGCCGCUGAAGUUAGCCGACGAGCUAAUGUAAACAUAGAUUAUCCACACUGCCACUGUGAGCUGCUGUAACCUCCAUAACUACCAGCAAGAUCCGUCAACAUGAGAAUUUUAAGGUUUCUGAGGAGUAGCGUGUCCAUAGGAAAGGACAUAGACCAUUAUUCCAAAUUCUCUCCGUCACCUCUGUCAAUGAAGCAGUUUCUGGAUUUUGGUUCAGAAAAUGCUUGUGAGAAAACAUCGUUCACCUUCCUCAGACAGGAGUUGCCUGUGAGGUUGGCAAACAUCAUGAAAGAGAUCAACUUAUUGCCAGACAAUUUGCUGAGGACUCCAUCAGUCCGGUUGGUCCAGAGUUGGUACUUGCAAAGCCUACAGGAGAUUCUGGAGUUCAAAGACAAAAAUGCAGACGAUGAGAAAGUCUCAUACGAUUUCACAGACGCUGUGAUAAAAAUCAGAAAUCGGCACAAUGACGUGAUCCCCACCAUGGCUCAGGGGGUUGUGGAGUACAAAGAGACGUACGGCACAGACCCGGUCGUCAGCCAAAAUGUUCAGUAUUUCCUGGAUCGUUUCUACAUGAGCCGGAUAUCCAUCAGGAUGCUGCUCAACCAGCACACACUCCUCUUUGGUGGGAAGGUGAAGGUGAACCCUGCACAUCCCAAACAGAUUGGCAGUAUUGAUCCGCACUGUCGUGUCAGUGACGUCAUCAGAGAUGCAUACGAGAACGCACGGAAUCUCUGCGACCGAUAUUACAUGAACUCUCCGGAGCUGAUUAUGGAUGAAUUCAAUGCUAAAGAGGAGGGGAAGCCCAUCUCCAUGGUCUAUGUCCCAUCUCAUUUAUAUCAUAUGGUGUUUGAACUUUUUAAGAAUGCCAUGCGUGCCACGAUGGAGUUAUACGGCGAUGCCAUGGAGUAUCCGGCCGUCCAUGCACAGGUCGCUCUGGGAACUGAAGAUCUGACAGUGAAGGUGAGCGAUCGUGGAGGAGGCGUGCCACUGCGGAAGAUCGAGAGGCUCUUCACCUACACGUACACCACUGCUCCUCGACCCAGCCGUGGUUCACAUGCUACUCCUCUGGCUGGUUUCGGGUACGGCCUGCCCAUCUCUCGACUGUAUGCGCGAUACUUUCAAGGUGACCUGAAGCUGUACUCUCUGGAGGGUUAUGGGACGGAUGCUGUCAUCUAUAUUCGGGCUCUCUCCACAGAGUCCAUUGAGAGGCUCCCCGUGUACAACAAGUCGGCAUGGAAACACUACAAGACGAUCCACGAGGCAGACGACUGGUGCGUCCCGAGCAAAGAGCCCAAGGACAUGACAACGUUCCGUAGUUACUAAGUACAAAUAGCCUUGUUACAAGAGAAGAGGUCAAUGAGGGGUUUUGUGUGAGUGUGUGUGUGCUUGUGCGUACAAAGUGUAAUUCAUUCAGACUUGUUGUAAAUAAGGUAAAUAGGUAGAAGUAUAGUUUAUCUUUUUCAUCAAGAAAGAGGACCAGGUUUUAAAGCUGCUGCUAAAAGACUGGAAUUUUUAGGUCAAUGAUGAUAUUGUUGACAUUUGCCAACCCUUUUAAUUAUUUAAAUACAUAUGAAAUUAGUGGAUAUUUUAUUUUAUUGUUUCCAGGACACAUACUGAGCAGGACAGUGCUCUCUGGUGAACAAAUUAUGGUACAGCAGCACUGUUCCUACAUAAAAAAUUAAGUGAUGCUGUACAUGAUGCAGUAAUGAUACAGGGUUUCCAUGGGUCCUUGAACUCCUUGAACGUUUUUUUGAAAAUUGCCCUUGAAAGUGCUUGAAUUUUUGUGCAAGAAGGAAAUUUCCUUCUUGCACAAAAAUUCAAGCACUUUCAAAAUUCUCCCAGUGCCCUUGUUUGUCACAACACCACCUACUGUUUCAUGCUCCCUGCAUUGCUUGAUGUACAUAUGCUAGACUUAUGCAAAACAGAUGUUGAGUUGUGAUUACUAACAUUGAUGCGAACACUGUCCACUGUUGACAUGAAAUUCCAUGCAGAACAGCAAAUGAGUUACAUAAAGCAAGGGAGAGCAAAUUGCGUGAUGCCUCGUAAAUGCAAAUUCCACGAUGUGUGGCUCACCAAAGACAAUUACAAAGACCGGCUUGUCCAAAUUCCCAAGGACGAUCACUUGUUCAGAUGCAGAGCGUGCUGCAAAUCAAUGAAAGUGGACACCACGAGCGAAUCGGCUCUUACAAGUAACGUCCUCCCAUCUUAAGCUGUGUCAGCACAUUCGGUCAUUCGGUUGAAUUUGAGUCAGAAAUUAGUCCUGGAAAUUCCUUGAAAAGUCAUUGAAUUUGAAUUUGGGGACCCUGAGUGUAAUAAAAUAAUGAUCUACCUGUGAUAAGCUACAGAAAUGUCACUUUCUGAUCCUUCAAGAACGAGGACAAAAACCCUGCCACCCGAAAGUGAUCACCAUGGUUACAAAUCAUUGCAUUUAAGGUACAAACUGUGUCUUUACAAACUAUAGUGUCUCCAGUCUUCCAGUGUGAUACUUUCUACUUGUUUUUAGCUGUUUUUACAGAUGGGUCUUCAGGUUUUUUAAUUUUUUGGGGCAUUUCCUCCGUUACAUAAUGUAAACAAUCAAAGGGAUCAAGUUAACCACAUGUAAAGGGAAAUUUCACACCCAUCACUGUAAAGGAAUAACUGGAAAACUCGAAAUUCAACACUUGAUGGUGGGUGUGUUCAUUUUCUUCUUAAUUUUUCAGGUAAUGUUAAAUUGAAUGUUAUUUUUUUGCCUCAUGAGUUGUGUAAUAACAACAAUACAGUUUGUGGUAGUGUCAGUAGGACUCCUACUGUUGAAUAAGCUACUAAUUAAAUGCUCAAUGUUACACAACAAUGUUACACUGUAUGGAUCACGUUCAGUAAACAAUAAAUACUUCAUGCAGACACAUGCA